UGGCCCCUUUACACACCUAAGGGUCAUUGUUUACAUCCAUCCAUACAUGCCUGGAUGUUUCGGCAUGCUGACGGUGUGUCAGAGCUGUGGAAGACAGAGAAACAAAUAUCACCACUGGUUGUUUUUCCACUUCUGCUCAACAGGAUUCACCUUGAGGACCCAGCACUUGCUCGGCAGAGAAGAUCACAUCUGAACGGAAACCUUGUGGAUUUUAGCAAAAACAAUUCCUAUUAGAUUAUCCAAAACCAACUGCAACCAUUUCUCCUCCAGCAGUCAUGUACAGCUCUAGCUACUCCCAGGCCAAGUUUGGCCUGGAGGCAAAAGAGCCUAUGCACAAGCCCAAAGGGAAGAGCUGCGGCUACUACAUGAGGCUUGUCUUCUUCUUUAGCUCUCUGAUCCAGUCUCUGAUUAUCGUCAGCCUGGUGCUCUUCCUCGUCUAUGGACAGCCAGAGAAGUCUGCAGAGGAAAAGAGGGUGCAGGAGCUGGAGCUGAACUUCAACAGGGUGAGUGAGAACAACAUCCAGCUGAGAAAGGAGAAAGGCGUGCUGGGAGCUCAGCUGGGAGCUCGCACAGCUGAGAACGCUGCUCUGAAGACAGAGUUGGCGAAGCUGAAGACUGAAGCCAACAAAACAGAACAUAUGCUGAAUUCGAAAUUGACUAUCUGUCAGAAUAAGAUGAGCAUGAUGACAAGUCGCACCAACCCUCAAAUCCAUUCCUCUCUUGGGGCCGCUACGACCAGUGAAAUAAAUAAUUUGAAGACCCUACACGCUCGGCAGAAAGCUAUGAUAGUCCUCAUCGAGGCAAACUUCACCGAAAGGGUUCAGAACCUGAGUCAGGAGAAAGACAACGCCCUCAGAGAGAAAGACACACACCUGCAGGAUGCCAUCACCCUGCGCAAGGAGAACAGGGAGCUGAAGGAGCAGCUCAUCACCUACACCAGAAAGUGCAAACAGGACUUUGCUCACUCUUUAGAUGGGAUCAAAACGGUGACCAAUGAAUUCCUGAACAAGAUCAACAACCUGUUUCCCCAUCAGCUGACCUUUCACCUCACCUGCCAAAGCCAGCAGGUGCAGAUGGAAAAGAUCCGAAACAGCUGCACAAACCUUUCCAGAGACGUGGAAACCAAGUUCCAGCUGUAUUUAGACAAUGUGGGCAACAAGGUGGCUGAGAUCCAAUCCAAGUCCAGUCGUCUGGAGGUGCAAAACUCACAGUUAACUUCUGAUCUGCAGCAGUGUAAAAACAAACAAAAUGAGACAGUUGCCGAGGCCGCUAAGCAGCUGCAGCUCAAGCUAAAUAAUUAUGACGACCAGGUGUGUGUGUGUGUGUGUGUGUGUGUUUGGGUGGGUGGGUCGGUGGGUGAGGGGGAACCAAGGAAGAGAUUCAUGGAAGAAGCUAAUUUCCUCAGUAUCUCAUUAUAAAACAAUGACUGACGUUGUAAAAUAUAUGAUUAUAUAUACCUGUUUAAAAA